GCUGCGCGGUUGCUGAGUCAUCUCUCUCUUCACACAAUCGCCUCAAAGCUUCAAGCUUUUGAUCUUCUCAGCACUAUGACGAUCUUCCUGAGUACUUGUCUCCUCUUGGUCCUCCUUUGUCCAGGUCUGGAUGCCUUGGAAGUAAGUACCGGUUAUGCUUCACAGGAAGUUCCAGUGGUGGAAGGCACACCGGAGGUGGUCGUGGCAGCUGAUACUGCAACAUUGAAAAUUCUGCAAUGUAGGGAAACCGUGCAGUCCCGUACUUGUCGUAUUAAAGGAGGAAGUUGCUUUUAUGACCUUACUGAAACCUAUUUAAAUGGCUCUAUAGACACCUACAAAACAAGGGGAUGUGCUGAAGAUUGCGUCUCAGCAAAUGCCACCUUCUCUUCAGUAGAAUCUAAAUACAUCCAGCAUAUCCACUAUUGCUGUAAAGAAUUUCUUUGCAACUUUCGUUUGCCUGCCAAACCAAAACGUGACUUUAAUGGGCUGGAGUGCCCAAACCUUUGUGUAGCUGAGUCAGCAGUUUCUGAGGAUUCAGGUGCCAUCAGGUGUAAUGAUGAUGAGACUCAGUGCAUAGAAUUUGUUCUUGUUCAUGAUGACAGGGGAGUUCCUGAUAAGGUCGUCAGAGGCUGUGCAACACCAGCUUUUUGUGAAUUGGCCAAGACAUCAGAGCUUAACAAGUACUUUUCAGGCACAAUAACAAGAGCACGGUGUGGUGAAACUCUGCCUUCACAAAAGCAACUGAGCAUUGAAGUGUAGUUACAGUAGGAAGAAAAAAUGUCUUCUCCCUUUCGGAUUCCACAAUUUUCUGCAACAGUGGAAGUGGUGGCUGCUUGCCUGAGUGUGGUGGAAGUGCAGAGAAACUGGGAUUCACAGCACUCCUGUGUCUUCUAUUUGGUGAAUGGGAUGCAGGGAAUAGAAAACUGAAGUAGAAAUGAGGGGAUUGGGGGCUUUGGCUCAUGACAAUAUGGGACAUGGGUUAAAUUUUCCUUUGUUCAUAAUCAAAAUAAAUUGGUGA